UUCACACAACGACGACAACGUCAUUGUGGAUUCAGCCGUUGAGUAAUAAACAUUGAUAAAUUUAAAACGUUUAUUAUAUUAAAAUAAAAAUAUUUGGUGUAUCCUAAUUAGUCGAUUAUUCUCGACUAAACAAUUAUUUCAUUGUUAAAUUCAAGUUAUAUUAAUUAAUCAAAAUGUCUGGACGUGGCAAAGGAGGUAAAAUCAAGGGCAAAUCAAAGUCUCGUUCAUCCAAAGCUGGUCUCCAAUUUCCAGUUGGAAGAAUUCAUCGUCUUCUUCGUAAGGGUAGUUAUGCUGAACGUGUUGGUGCCGGUGCACCAGUUUAUCUUGCUGCUGUUAUGGAAUACCUUGCUGCUGAAGUCUUGGAAUUGGCUGGAAAUGCUGCCAGAGACAACAAAAAAACCAGAAUCAUCCCACGUCAUCUUCAAUUGGCUAUUAGAAACGACGAGGAAUUAAACAAAUUGUUGUCAGGUGUAACAAUUGCUCAAGGUGGUGUUUUACCAAAUAUUCAAGCUGUUUUACUUCCAAAGAAAACUGGAACAAGUGGUGGUGGAAGCAGCAGCAGCAAGGACAACAAAGCUUCACAAGAAUAUUAAACAUUUUCAUUGCUAAAAACAAAAUUUAAAAUAAUAACAAUAAACUAGUUAAGUUUAUCAUUAAGUUUAUCUUUUAAAAUGAAUCAUCGUUGUUAUGUUAUCAAGUAAAUUUUAACUAUUCAAUAUUGUCAUCAGUAAUCAUAACAAAAACAACAAAUAAUUUUCAAGAUUUUACAACACAAGAAACUGAUUGUUGACAAUUUUUUUUUUUCAUCAGUAUUUCAGACACAAAUAAGUUUUAAAUAAUUCAUCAAUGUAUUUAUUAAUUUAAUUAUUUUAUAUUCUCAAUGAUUAAUUUAAUUGCUACAUGCAUUAUGAUUCACAAAUAAAUAUAACUGGAGAUUUUCAUUUUUAUAAAAAAAAAAAUAAAUUGACUUGUUAUUAACUAUCCCAAUAAAAAUAAUCAUCCUA